UGAAAUUGAAUAUAAAGUAGCACCAAAUCGUAUGUCAGGAAACAAAUGUAUCUACAUAAUCACAAUGAUACUGGGGCUGUGCUCAUGAUCGAGAGAACUAAUGAACAAAUUACGCCAUGUACCUAGUUACAGAUUGUUCACAAAUAUGGACAUACGAAAUAAUAGACACUAAUUGUUUUGGAAAUGGUAACCCUACGGAACAUUAUUUUGGACCAGUGGAAAAGAAAGAGGCUGGUAAGGAUAAGAAAAAAACAAAUAUCUAGAGAGGCUUUUUCAGAAACAUGAAAAUAUUGGGUACAAUUAGGUGUAAAUGAUUAAAACUUUGAAUCCACUUUUAAGGGUAACAGUAAUAGAAUAUGGACUAAUGGGAAAUAACAUGGAAGAAAAGAAAGCUUUCGGAAGACCCUAUUGUAGACUAGAAGAUGUGGUAAGACUAGAUGUGAAAUUUCUGAAUGGUUGUUCAGGCUCGAAAUUAAGAGUGGCUGACUGGGAUUGUUGGAGUAUUGGAUAUAUAAUCUCAAGAAGAAGAAGAAGAAGAAGACGAUUUUAA